CUGGCAUUUCAUGUCAGCAUUUGUUUACCCGAUAUCCAAACAAGUUAAAACAAAACAACAAUGGCUUCAUCAACUUUGGCCAAAUCUCUGUUUGCCUGCGAUUUCGAGGUGUUUGGACGUGUACAAGGUGUUUUCUUUCGCAAGCACACUGAGCGCCAGGCAAACAGACUGGGCGUUAGGGGUUGGUGCAUGAACACCCGAAAGGGCACUGUUAAGGGACAAUUGGAGGCACCGCUUCCCCAGCUAAACGAAAUGAAAAAUUGGCUGGAGACAAAAGGGAGUCCAUCGUCCAUUAUCGAAAAGGCAACAUUUACGGCGGCCAAGGAAAUUCCCGACUAUACUUUCAAUGGCUUUUCCAUCAAGCGCUAGAUACCAGAACACGUUUAUUUA